UCGCAACCAUGUUUAAUGCGUGGGUGCACGUUGAUGCUGCCUAUGCUGGCAGCGCGUGCAUCUGCCCGGAGUUCCGGCACCACAUCGAUGGCGUAGAGCACGUGGACUCCAUCAGCAUCAGCCCGCACAAGUGGCUGCUCACAUGCCUUGACUGCACCUGCUUGUGGGUGCGCGACAGGCACUGUCUCACUGGCGCACUAGAGACGAACCCGGAGUAUCUCAAGAACGACGCUACCAACUCUGGUGAGGCCACCGAUUUCAAGGACAUGCAAGUUGGUGUGGGUCGCCGCUUCCGUGGGCUCAAGUUGUGGAUGGUGAUGCGCACCUAUGGCACCGCCAAGCUUCAGGAGCACAUCCAAAGCGAUGUCGCUAUGGCCAAGGCAUUCGAGGAGCUUGUCCGUGCCGAUGACCGGUUCGAGAUUGUAGUGCCGAGGAACUUCGCCCUGGUAUGCUUCAGAAUCAGGGCAUGUGGAGCCAUGACAGAGGAAGUGGCCGAUGAGGUGAACUAUGUGCUGAUGGACCGGCUCAACAUUUCGGGGAAGGUCUACCUUGCGCACACAGUGGUCGGUAGCAGGUUCGUUCUACGGUUUGCGGUAGGGUCGUCGAUGCAGGAGGAGCGGCACAUGAAAAGGGCGUGGGAGCUCAUCAAGAAAACGACCACCGAGAUCAUCGAGGCGGAGGAGAUCAUGCAAUAACGGAAUUGAUCAAUUAAUGUGUUUGAUUAAUUAUUAUUGUUUGUGAGGGGUAAUAAAAUCCUUCCAAUGGUGAUGCAUGAUCUGCCGGCAGUACGAUGUACCGGUGACUACCUCUAUUGAUGUGUUGUGAAUCUCAGGUUGUAUUAUUUAGGAGAUGAGUAAAUUAGUGUUCAUAGUAAAUUAU